AUGGAUAUUGGGAAACGUGUUUCGUUUGAAGGACACGCAUGUUGGGACGUGCAAAGUGAAACCAUACUGAGACGUCCAUACGACUACCUGGCUAACAAUCCUGGCAAGCAGAGUAUCAGCCUUGUGAUCGAAUCUUUCAACAGAAUUCUUCAGGCGCCGCAUGAAAAGCUAGAUCUUAUUUGUGAGUCUGCUGAGAUACUUCACCAGGUUUCUUUGCUCAUUGACGAUGUUGAAGAUUACGCCAUGCUGAGAAGAGGCCAACCCACGGCACACAUCAAGUUCGGUGUUCCCUCGACGAUAAACAGUUCCAGCUAUAUGAUCUUUGUGGUUGCACAGAAUUUAAUGAGUUUGGAGGAGACUACAGAGGCAAGCAAGCAUGUUCAGGAGAUAUUCACCGAGGAACUGUUGUAUCUGCAUAGAGGGCAGGGUCUAGACAUAUAUUGGAGAGACGAGCACAAGUGUCCGACCGAGCUGGAGUAUCUGAAUAUGGUUAUGGACAAGACUGGUGGCUUGUUCAGAAUGGCUGUGCGAUUGUUGGAACUCAGUACUUCUGGAUUGAAAUCCUUUGAAAAUUCGAGUCCUCAAACCCUUUCCCCAUUAGUUGCAGUGGCCAACGUGAUGGGUGCCAUCUACCAGAUCAGAGAUGACUAUUUGAACCUGAAGUCUACCAAAUACGUAUCCAGCAAGGGAUUUUGUGAGGAUCUCACUGAAGGAAAGUUUUCGUUUCCAGUAAUACACUCUUUGGCCACAGGAAAGGAUGGAGACAAGUUACUGGAGAUCCUCAAAUUGCACACGAAUGAUAUCGAGCUGAAGAAACAGGCGUUGAGCUAUAUGGAUAGCACAAACAGUUUCGAUUAUACCAAGGAUACGUUAAGGAAUUUGCACGCCAAAGGGAACGAAUUGGUGGAUAAAGUGGAGCAAAUGUACGAAUUCCAAGAAGAUCCCAAAGUGUACACUACAGGCUUGAGAAAGGUUCUGGCCAAGUUGGCAGAUGUUUCCAAUGUUUGA